AUGUCUGCCCCCGUCGACGCCCCCAAGCCGGUUGAGGUCCCCGAGGUUGGCACUGCUGGCACCGUGGAGCCUGCGCCAGCACCUGUUGUCGCUACCGAGCCUGUUGUCGCAGCGCCAGUAGCAGAGGAGGCGCCAAAGACGGAGGAGGUGCCCAAGACUGAGGGCGAGGCCACGGCCGCAGCGCCAGUUGAGGAGGUCAAGGAGGAGAAGGUGGUUGAGCCCAUCUACAGCGGUGCACUUGGCUACAAGGCGCCCGGUCUGAAGAACGCUUUCCGCUUCGCCAAGAAGUACUUCUGGUUCGGCGAGGAGCCAGUUGCCGCUGACAACCUGAGGGAGUACCUCCGUGGCGAGAAGCCCGAGGUUGCUCACCCAGUUGCCGCGUGGUCCAGCCAGACCGGAAAGGGUCUUCUUUUCUUCGUCAAGCACGCUGACCAGAAGGAGCACCCCGCCGGUGUUCUCAACUUGGCCUAUGCUACUGACCUCGCCAAGGACGGCGCUGUCGCUUUCGCGUUCAAGAUCUCUGGCCACAAGCACACCUUCGAGGCUACCACCGCUGCCGAGCGCGAUGGAUGGUUCGUCGCCGUUGAGAAGGCCAUCACCGAGGCCAAGGCCUCCAAGGACACGAUCGAGUCGAGUGAGGGCUACAAGGAGAACAAGGAGAAGAUUGGCAAGCCCACCGCGCUAGCGGGAGCUACAUCCUCCGCCCCCAAGAAGAGCAUGGACGCUACCCCCAAGCUCGCCGAGGGUGAGACCGCCGCUGCUGGCGAGCCCGUCGCUGCUCGUGCUGGAUCUUCCUCCAGCUCCUCUUCCGACGAGGAGAAGCGCAAGAAGGCGGCUAAGAGCAAGUCUCGCUCGGUUUCGCGUGGCAAGCGCGCCAGCCUCUUCGGCGGCCUGCUCGGAAAGAAGGACAAGGAGCCCAAGGAGGAGACCGACGCCGUCAAGACCGAGCCUGAGGUCAAGACUGAGGAGCCUGCUGCUGUUCCUGCCGUCGUUCCCCACCUUGACGAGAUUCCUGCCACCACUCCCGUCAACGCCAACGAUGUUACUCACCCCGCUGAGACCACAACCGAGCCCACUGCUGCCGUUGUUGCUGCCCCUACUGAGGAGGCUGUCAAGGUCGACGAGACUGCUGCUCCCGUAACCCAGGAGAAGCCCAAGCCCCAGAAGCGCGGCUCCAUCUUCGGAUCUUUCGUCGAGAAGCUCAAGUCUCCUACCACCGAGAAGAAGGAGCACGAGGCUGGUCUCGCCGCCACUCCCGUCAAGGAGAACGAGACCAUUCCCGAGGCCUCCAAGCCUCUCGAAGAGGCCCAGGUCGCCGCACCCGUCGUUCCUGAGACCACCACCACUGCCACUGAGCCAGUGGUCAAGCCUGAGGAGGUUAAGGCUGUCUCCACUCCUUCCAAGGAGAAGGACCACUUCAAGUUCGGAAAGUUCUUUGGCUCCAAGGACCGUGCCAAGUCGCCAGCUCCCGAGCCUAAGGUCGACGCUGCCGCUCCUCAAAUUGCGGACACCACCGCUGAGCCCGUUCAGGCUGUCGAGCCUGUCCCUGUCGCUGAGACCAAGGUCGAGGCUACCCCAGAGACUGAGGCUCCCAAGCAAGACAAGCGCAAGUCGUUCUUCGGCAACCUCGGACGCUCCCUGUCCAAGGCCACCGGUAACAAGGCGCCCAAGGACAAGAAGGAGGCUGUCAGCCCCGCUCCCGUCACCGAGGAGGAGACCGCUGCUCCCGUCGUUGAGGAGAAGAAGGAGGAGACCGCUACCCCGGUUGUUGGUGAUGUUCCCGCUGAGGCCAGCGUGGCCGACGCUUCGAAAAGCGCCAACCCGACUGUCGCUACAACUGCGUAA